AUGGCUGCGACUGCUAAACGUCCGGAAAUCAUUGAGCUUUCCCGCGACCUAAGGGGAAUUCCUCAAUGCGAAGACUAUGAAAGAAUGAUUUCGGGAAUGAUGUACAAUCCCAAUACUCCAAAGUUGUUGGAAGCGCGGCACAAGUGUCGCGGUCUUGCCACCGACUACAACAACCUAGACACAAAGACGAUUUCCUACGACCGAGUCUUUGAGAAGCGGCUUGAACUGUUACGGAAGCUGGUGGGCAAGGCCGGCGACGGUACCUUCAUCGAGCCACCAUUCCUACCCGACUAUGGCUGCAACAUCAUUAUUGGAAGCCAAUGUUUUAUCAAUUGGAACGUGACUAUAUUAGAUACCAGUCUAGUUGUCAUUGGUGACCGAGUUCAGAUUGGCACCGGCACAAGUAUUUUCACUGCCGGGCAUGACACCAGUGUUCUUUCUCGCCAAAAGUUUGUGGAAUUCGGCCACCCAGUCUUCAUUGAAGACGAUUGCUGGAUUGGUGGCAAUGUGAUCAUCCUUCCCGGUGUUCGCAUUGGCAAGGGCUCAACCAUCGGGGCUGGUUCUAUCGUCACUAAGGAUAUUCCAGAGUACUCCGUAGCUGUGGGAUCACCAUGCCGAGUGAAGAAAACCAUUCAGUCUCCGGAGGAAGAGGAGGCAGAUCCGAACAAUCCUUAUCGGAACUUGGUUCGUCAGGAUUAG